AUGUCUUCCAUCGCCGUUGCGAACCUCACCUAUUGUCACAACCUCUUCUCCCCUCCGUCCCUUGUCGAUGUCGAUAUCGCCCUCCCGCCAGGCUCAAGGACUAUUCUCAUAGGUGCCAACGGAGCUGGAAAAUCAACCCUACUCCAACUUCUUGCUGGGAAGAAGCUCGUUACUGCAGUAGGUGCCGAUGUCCGCAUCAGCGGCCGAGAUGUAUUUCGAGACUCGCCGCCCGGAGUCACCUUCUUGGGGACAGAAUGGGCGAUGAACCCAGUGGUACGCGGAGAUAUUGUCGUUUCUGCUUUCUUGGACUCUGUUGGUGGCUAUCGACACAAAGAGAGGAGAGAUCGCCUGCUAGAUCUUCUGGACAUUGACCUGGACUGGCACAUGCACAACAUAUCUGAUGGCGAGCGACGGAGAGUUCAGCUUUGCUUUGGCCUGAUGGUAGACUGGGAUGUCCUUCUGUUGGAUGAGGUCACUGUUGACUUGGAUGUAUUGGUGCGCGACGAUUUACUCAAAUUUCUCAAGGCAGACAGUGAAGAACGCGGUGCCACUAUACUUUACGCGACCCACAUCUUCGAUGGCCUGAACGAUUUCCCAACCCACAUCGCUCACAUGUGCUUCGGUGCCUUCACCACUCCUCCCACACCGUGGCCACUUACUCCCGAUAGCCCUCUCACCCAGCAGUUCCAGCCAUCUACCACUCUUUAUAACGUAGCACUGCAGUGGCUAAAGGAAGACCGUGAUUUCCGCCGCGAGCUCGAAAAGCAAGGCAGAAAACAACGAGGUGCCCGCAGGGAUGAAACUGUACCAUCCGACUCCGAGACUUUCUAUAGAAAGUACGAUUACAGUCAUUGA